CGGUCCUCGCGAGACACGUCGAAGCGGACACCUCAAGAUGUCUCACCGCAAGUUCGAGCACCCGCGCCUCGGCCACCUCGGGUUCCUCCCCAAGAAGCGUUCGCAGCGCGCGCGCGGCAAGUGCAAAAAGUUCCCCCGCGACGACCCGACGUCUCCUCCGCACCUCACCGCGUUCCUCGGGUUCAAGGCUGGCAUGACGCACAUCGUGCGCGACGUGGACAAGCCCGGCUCGAAGCUUCACAAGAAGGAGACGCUCGAGGCGGUGACGAUCGUGGAGACGCCCGCGAUGAUCGUCGUCGGCGUCGUUGGCUACGUCAAGACGCCGCAGGGCUUGCGAGCGCUCAACACGGUGUGGGCGGAGCACCUCUCCGUGGAGAUCAAGCGCAGGUUCUACAAGAACUGGUACAAGUCCAAGCGCAAGGCGUUCACGAAGUACGAGAAGAAGUACGCGAACGGCAGCGGCGCGAUCGACCAGGAACUGGACGCGCUCAAGAAGAACGCCGACGUCGUUCGCGUCAUCGCGCACACGCAGGUGCGCAAGGUGAAGAACCUCAAGCAGAAGAAGGCGCACAUGAUGGAGAUCCAGGUCAACGGCGGGUCCGUCGCGGACAAGGUGGACUUCGCGUACAAAUUUUUCGAGAAGGCUGUCCCCGUCGACGCCGUCUUCGCCAAGGAUGAGAUGAUCGACUGCAUCUCUGUCACCAAGGGGAAGGGUUUCGAAGGCGUCGUCACGCGUUGGGGCGUGACGCGUCUCCCGCGCAAGACGCACCGCGGUCUCCGCAAGGUUGGCUGCAUCGGCGCGUGGCACCCCGCGCGCGUCGGGUACACCGUCGCGCGCCCGGGCCAGCACGGCUACCACCACAGGACGGAGAUCAACAAGAAGAUUUACAGAGUCGGGAAGGAGGGGGACUCGAGCCACAAGGCGUCGACGGAUCACGACGCGACGGAGAAGGACAUCACGCCGAUGGGCGGUUUCCCGCACUACGGCAUCGUGAGGAACGACUACCUGAUGAUCAAGGGCGGCAUCGCGGGCCCGAGGAAGCGUCUGAUCACGCUCCGUCGCUCUCUGUUUAAGCAGACGCGUCGGGUGGCGACGGAGACGAUCGCCAUCAAGUUCAUCGACACGUCGUCCAAGUUUGGCCACGGUCGGUUCCAGACGUCGGAGGAGAAAGCGAAGACGUACGGCAGGGUCAAGGCGUGAGCGGUCAAGGCGGUCAAGGCGUGAGCGGUCAAGGCGUGAGCGGCGUGAGCGGCGGCGGUUUCGGCGGCGUAGGCGUCGCGCGGUUGCGGCAGCGGCGGAUCGCGACGAGCGCACCGCCGCUUUGUUUCGUUUCGUUUCGUUUCGUCGUGAUGCGAUUUGAUGAAACGGACGAACGAACGAAUGAACGUACAGUGAUAAAGCGCGC